CCAACCCAACCCAAACCCCCCUCCCACGGCACGACCGCUCCGGACGCCGACGAGCCCAGCGCCGCCGCCGCCGCCGCCCCCCAUGGCCGUGGAGGUUCGCCGCAGGGCGCCCGCGACGCGCCCCGCGGAGGGGAGGGCCAGGGUGCAGGCCGGGGACGCGCUGCCGCUGCCGAUCCGCCACACCAACCUCAUCUUCUCCGCGCUCUUCGCCGCCUCGCUCGCCUACCUGAUGCGGCGCUGGAGGGAGAAGAUCCGCUCCUCGACGCCCCUCCACGUCGUCGGCCUCACCGAGAUCUUCGCCAUCUGCGGCCUCGUCGCCUCCCUCAUCUACCUCCUCAGCUUCUUCGGCAUCGCCUUCGUCCAGUCCGUCGUCUCCAGCAGCGACGACGAGGACGAGGACUUCCUCAUCGCCCCCGCCCAGCCGCCCAAGCCCGCGCCCGCGCAGUGCGCGCUGCUGCAGAGCGCCGGCCCCGCCCCCGAGAGAAUGCCGGAGGAGGACGAGGAGAUCGUCGCCGAGGUCGUCGCCGGGAAGAUCCCCUCCUACGUUCUCGAGACCAGGCUCGGCGACUGCCGCCGGGCCGCCGGGAUCCGCCGCGAGGCGCUGCGCCGGAUCACCGGGAGGGAGAUCAACGGCCUCCCGCUCGACGGCUUCGACUACGCCUCCAUUCUCGGCCAGUGCUGCGAGAUGCCCGUGGGGUACGUGCAGCUGCCGGUGGGCGUCGUGGGGCCGCUCCUCCUCGACGGCCGCCGAAUCUACGUCCCCAUGGCCACCACAGAGGGCUGCCUCGUCGCCAGCACCAACCGGGGAUGCAAGGCCAUUGCCGAGUCUGGCGGUGCUUCCAGCGUCGUCUUCCGUGACGGGAUGAGCCGCGCCCCCGUCGCCAGGUUCCCGUCCGCCAGCCGCGCCGCCGAGCUCAUGGAAUUCCUCGAGAACCCAGCCAACUUCGACACUCUGUCUGUGGUCUUUAGCAGAUCAACGAGAUUCGGAAGACUACAGGGGGUCAAAUGCGCGUUGGCAGGGAGGAACCUGUACAUGAGGUUCACCUGCAGCACUGGUGAUGCCAUGGGGAUGAACAUGAUCUCCAAGGGCGUGCAACACGUGCUGGACUACCUAGAGGAGGAUUUCCCUGAUAUGGACGUCGUCAGUAUCUCAGGCAAUUUUUGUUCUGACAAGAAAUCAGCUGCUGUGAAUUGGAUUGAGGGGCGUGGAAAGUCCGUGGUUUGUGAGGCAGUAAUCAGAGAGGAAGUUGUGCAGAAGGUUCUCAAGACCAACGUUCAGUCACUCGUCGAGUUGAACGUGAUCAAGAACCUUGCUGGUUCAGCUGUUGCUGGAGCUCUUGGAGGUUUCAAUGCCCACGCAAGCAACAUUGUAACAGCUAUCUUCAUUGCCACUGGUCAGGAUCCUGCACAGAAUGUUGAGAGCUCACAGUGUAUCACGAUGUUGGAAGCUGUAAAUGGUGGCAGAGACCUUCACAUCUCCGUUACUAUGCCAUCCAUUGAGGUGGGCACAGUUGGUGGAGGCACGCAGCUGGCCUCACAGUCGGCCUGCUUGGACCUACUGGGCGUCAAAGGCGCCAACAGGGAAUCUCCGGGAUCGAAUGCUAGGCUGCUUGCCACGGUGGUGGCUGGUGCGGUCCUGGCUGGGGAGCUGUCCCUUAUCUCUGCGCAGGCUGCCGGCCAUCUGGUCCAGAGCCACAUGAAAUACAACAGAUCCAGGAAGGAUAUGUCCAAUGCCGCCGCUUGCUGAAGCGCAUGGCAUCACUUGGGCCCUUGCCAGAAGCAAAUAGACAAAAACCCAGAUCAAAAUGUUCGCCGGAUACAUAAUCCCCCCUUCACCUCUGUGGGAGUGGACAGACGAGGAAGGUGACUCAUCACAGGUUAAUUAUUUUGUUGAUUCCUUGUGUGGAAUGGCAUGGGCAUGCUCAGGAGGUGAAGAGGGAAACCCCGUCGGAUGAACCGUUUGUCUGGAGAUCGGUCAUGGUUUACCAGGAGGACAAGAGAGCACCUGUAUUUACCACCCUGUGCUUCCACCCUGGAUAUGACCAAGCCUAUUUAUUUUCUUGAUGUUGUUGUUCCUCUUCCCACCAAACCUCUUGUUCUGCCCGUCUUGAAUCUGACCACCUUGGUUGUUUUUGUCCAAAGCUUACAUUACUACCCGCUUCUGCUUUACACACUUGUCUCUGUUCCCUCCUGUUACUGCUUCGGGAAUGCUUGUAGUAGCAUUGUAACUAAUUCAGUUUCGUCUGUUUGAUCUUUCUAUCCUAGUGUCUGUUACCCUUGCUGGCUCGCUUGUAAAGAAGAUGUUUUUGAGUUAACUGAAUCUGUUCUCAUUG